AUGGGACUCGUCAAGCUGCUCUUUGGUUUUAGAGAUGCAGUAGUUCCGGUGGUUGUCUCAGAGGGCAUUACCCUGCUGGAGGCUGCAUCAUCCAAUUCGAGUGUUCCAUUGAGAGGAGCCUGCGAGGGGUCUUUGGCAUGCACAACGUGCCAUGUGGUGCUAGAUAAAGAAGUGUACGAUAGACACAGCAGCACAAUAACGGAAAGAGAGGAGGAUCUGCUCGAUACAGCAAAACUCCUCACUGCAACCUCUCGUCUCGGCUGCCAGGUAAAGGCAUCAAUGGACAUGCACAACAAGCUGAUCAGAAUACCAAAUAUAAAUAAGAACAUAGAAAUGCCAAAGUAG